AUGGUUGAUAAUGCAGCUGGGGGUGCUAUGCUAAAAAGAACUACUUAUGAGGUUUAUGACAUCUUUGAGAUGUUAGAAGCCAAUUCACAACAAAAGAGUGUGAGAACAAAAAGAGUAGGAGUGAAUGAAGUUGUAUCUAAUAAUGAGAUGGCUAUGCAAAUAGCCAAAUUAACUAAGCAAGUUAAGAUUCUUGCUUCAACUAAGAAUGUACAAAGCAAUGAGGUAUGCGGUAUAUGUGGUGUUUAUGGUCAUGGUGCUAACGUUUGUUCGUCUUAUAAGACUUAUGCAGGAGAUGAUUAUGAACAGCCCCAGUAUCAGAAUCAAGAGCCUGAAUACCCAAGGAACCAAAACCCUCUAUUCCCUAAUCAAGGACAAGCCCCUCAAAGAAAACCAAGUUUGGAGGAAACACUCAAAUCUUUUAUGACGGCUACCCAUGACAGAAUGGAGAGGAAUAAGAAGAAAACUGAUUUCAUAGAAGCUUCAGUAAAGCGAUUGGAAAUUCAAAUUGGGCAAAUUGCUGAAAUGGUACAAGAAAAUAAGAAAGAAAAAUUGCCAAGUCAACCUGAGCAAGCUAAAGCAAUCACUGUUCUUAAGGAUGGUGAGUUAUUUGAUAAUACUGUUGAAAAUCUAAUUGAAAAAGAUUCUUCUUACGCAGGACCUGAGUUUUAUAAGGCAGCUGAGCCUUAUAAGCCUCCUAUUCCGUUCCCGAAUAGAUUGAAAGAAAGCAAACAGGAUAAGCAAUUUUCUAAAAUUUUUUAUAUGCUUUCUAAAGUUAACAUUAAUUUGCCCUUGUUGGAUGUGAUCAGGAAUAUGCCAGCUUAUGCUAAGUUCUUUAAGGAACUCAAUUCCAACAAGAGGAGAUAUGGGAAUAAUGAAAAAGUUAUGGUGUCUGAAACAACAAGUGCAGUUCUCCAACAACAGUUACCUCCUAAGAUGAAAGACCCUAGGAGCUUUACCAUUGAUAUUACAAUGAGGGACAAAAAGGUUGCUAAAGCCAUGUUGGAUUUGGGAGCAAGCAUCAAUUUGAUGCCAUAUUCAACAUAUGCACAACUUGGCUUAGGAGAACUGAAGCCAACCACAAUGUCUCUGCAACUGGCUGAUAGGUCAAUUAAAUAUCCAAGAGGCAUAAUGGAAGACUUGCUGACUCAGGUAGGAAAACUAAUAAUCCCUGUUGACUUUGUGGUUCUAGACAUGGAAGGAACAUCAUCAAGGGAUAAGAAGCAAACAAUACUCCUUGGUAGACCUUUCAUGGCAACUACCAAGACAGUUAUUGACGUGCACAAUGGGAAGCUGAUUAUGACAGUCUUAGGAGAGACUGUAGAAUUUAAAGUGUUUGAUUCUCUAACCAUAUCUCCAAGCAUUUCAAUUGAUGAAUGUUCAUAUGUUGAUUGCAUGGAUUAUUUUGUUUAUGAAACAUAUUUACAGGAUAAGGAUGAUAAGUUAGAAGUUGCAUUAAUAUUGGAAAAGCAUGAAGAAUGUUUAGAUCAAGAAGUCUUAGACAUACAUGAUAAGUUAGAUGAAGCUAUUUCAGUGUUAUCUGAUGAAAGCACUAUUGAACCUUUAGAUUUACCCUUUGAAAGCAAAUCAGAAAUUAUUGAUGAACCACCUAAGGUUGAGCUUAAGGAGUUGCUUAACACACUUAAAUAUUUCUUCUUAGGAGAAAAGAAUACAUAUCCAGUGAUCAUAGCCUUUGAUCUUUCUCCUUUAGAGGAAGAGGCAACUAUUAGAGAAUUAAGAAGACUUAAAAAAGCUAUUAGGUGGGGAAUUUAUGAUAUUAUGGGGAUUAGUCCAACAAUGUGUAUGCAUAAAAUUAUUUUAGAAGAAAAUUCUAAAGCGGUUAGAGAUACACAAUGA